AUGUCCAUACUUCUCAAGGGAGGAGUCUUGCUCAUCCAUCACGGACCUAAUGACGACGUCCACCCAACCAAGGCCGAUCUCCUGAUCAGAGACUCAAACAUCGCCGCCAUUGGUCAAGAUAUUGACCCAGGCGAUGCUGAAAUUAUCGAUUGUGUGGGAAAGCUCAUCUCCCCGGGGUUCAUCGACACCCAUCACCACGUGUGGCAAUCUUGCUUAAAGGCGACUCAUCCCAAUGACACCCUCUUGGAUUAUUUCUGGAAAGGAAACUUUAUCAAUUCCAUGUUGGCGCCGGACGAGAUUUUCUGGAGUCAGCUGGCUGGUGCAAUGGAAUGCGUCGAUAGCGGAACAACAACCGUGGUUGAUCAUGCCACAGUCAACUAUUCCGAGAAGCAUUCACACGAGGCGUUGAGAGCGACGAUUGGAUCUGGUAUUCGAUCCGUCUUUGGGUAUUGCCCAACACCUAUUGUUUCCUCUUGGAACCCAGAGUUUAAGCUCGUACCGAAUAUGCUCCCGCCGUGGGUCAUGGAGAAUUUUGAUAAGCUGGCCACACAAAAUCCUUUUGGGCCGAAUGGACGUGUCCGGCUUGGGUUCGCAUUCGACGGGCUUUGGCUCCCCAAAGAAUAUCUGCAGCCGCUUUUUGCAAGAGUCCGAGAGGCAGGCGCGCAGCUUAUUACAGCACACGCAGCAUACGGAGCCUCUUUCGGAGCGCCUCAUGCACCUUCAACUGUAGAGAAUCUUAAAUCCAAGGAUCUACUGGGUCCCGGGCUGUUGUUGUCGCACUUGACAAACCCGAAACCUGGUGAUGCCCAGAUCCUGGCCGAAUCAGGAGCGACAAUUUCCACGACGCCCUCUACGGAGCUGCAGAUGGGCCAUGGGAACCCCGUCUGCUUUGACGAGCAUCUGAAGCCGGUCUCAGGACUCGGCAUUGAUUGCCAUAGUGUAUGCAGCGCAUACAUCCCAGGCCAGAUGAACUUGGUCUUGCAGUGGGCUCGAGCACGAAGACAUGAAGAGUUGGAGGCCGAGGGUAAAUGGUCAAAGACGGUCGAAUACUCAGUACGAGAUGUCUACAACUUUGGCACCAUCAAGGGCGCCCGAGUAAUCGGUAUGGAAUCACAGAUUGGAAGUCUCUCCGUCGGGAAAAAGGCAGACAUUGUUAUUUUCGACACGGAAAGCCCUGGGAUGGCCGUUGCUGCGGACAGGGAUCCACUGGCGGCCAUCGUCCUCCACAGCUCGAUUCGAGACAUCGACACAGUUAUAAUUGAUGGGAUCGCGAGAAAGAAACAGGGACGACUGGAGAGCGUUAAGUUGCCUGUUGGGAUUGAUUCAUCAAGUGAGGGUGAGACUGUUACCUGGAAGACUGUACUGGGGCGAGUAGCCGGCCUAGCCAAGGAGGUUGAUGAGCGAAAGAAGGCUAUAAAUCCUGAGAUUGCUGAAAAUGGCGUCUUGCAAGCCUUUUAUAUGAACACUGCGGCUCGAUGCUAA